UGAAAGAGAGGCAAAAGAAUGUCCACACACGGGACGGUGGCUCCGGCGGAAUGCUGCUCUAGACCCGCGGAUAGCCCACAUCACAUAUCAGUUCAGGUUGGAUGCAACGCAACUGUCAUGGAUCUGCACGAGUCCUGGGUUUAUCUCACCCUCGUGAAAGAGAAAAACUUAUGACUACAUCCUAAAGUUAACAAGACACACCUGGAAAUGGAUUAAUUUCAAAACGGCAGCGUGUGAGUUAACUCUCUUAUUUAAAAUUCUGCAGCAGUGUGCGGCAAUAACGAAACAGCUGAACGGCGCUUCAAUCUUUAAUUUCAAAUGAGUUUUGCAUACGUCGGUUAUUCGGAUGAUGGGGCAACAUGAGUGAGAUUGUAUAAACUCCUGUAAGGACCGUGUAUAGAUUAACCUCAAUAUUAAGACCAACCUCCCUAAACAAACUGGUGUCCUAGUCUACGUCAACCCAAGAGUUUUCACUUGUUGCACCUAAGCGAAAGAUGCUGCGCGCGCACUUGAUGGCACUUGGCCUCUUGCUGAGCCCGCUGGGUCUUGCGCUGGGGUGCCAGCUGCCGACCGAGUGGCGGCCGCUGAGCGAGGGCUGUCGCGCGGAGUUGGCUGAAAUCAUUGUGUAUGCCAAAGUGCUCGCUAUCCACGAAGAACCGCAUGCUGCGAGCCUCUUCAACUACUUGCCGUACCAGUUUGAGGAGGAGCGCGCCGGGCUCCUCUACGCGGCCGAGGUGGAGAUGCUCUGCGAUCAGGCGUGGGGCAGCAUGCUCGAAGUGCCCGCUGGCUCCCGGCUGAACCUCACGGGGCUGGGUUACUUCUCCUGCCAGUCACACACCGUGAUGGAGAACGAGUCCUAUAUCUUUUUCCUGAGGAUGGACGAAAACUACAACCUCCUUCCGCAUGGAGUCAACUUCCAGGAUGCCAUAUUCCCAGACACGUCGGAGAACCGACGGACGUUCUCUAGCCUCUUCCAGUUCUCCAACUGCACACACGGCCAGCCCAUGCAGAGCUUCAGCCCCGCCUGGGAGAACCAGGAGGACAGCAGGCUGCUGUGUUCGUCGGUGCAGCAGGUCCUGUUUGAGGAGGAGGAGCGCGUCCGGGUCCUGCAGGAGCGCACGGCCGAGCUGGAGCGCCGCAACCGGCAGCUGAAGGAGCGCGUGCGCAAGCUGAAGCGCUCGGUCCGGCGGGCGCGGAAGACGGCGCGGCAGGCCGAACGGGAGCGCCAGGACCUGCGGGAGCGUCUGAGCGCCACGGAGAGGAGGGCCGGGCACCACCUGAACGCCAUCGCUCACCACGCGCCGCCCGCACAGAAGCACGGGCAGACCACUCCACGCCACUCCAGCUACGUACAGGGACUAUGAGGGAUGCACACAUCACUUCAGCAUGUCACACACACACACACACACACACACACACACACACACACACACACACACACACACACAGCAUUUCACCUCCUAUAUACAAGGACUGUGUGGAGACACAUGGACACGUCCAUCAAAACAUCCUCUCUCACUACAUCACACACACACACACACACACACACACUGUCCAUCUUUGCGUUCUACAUACAGAGACUUGAGAUUGUUAACAGACUGCUGGGCAGUCUUUUGCUCUCUCUCUCUGGCACUCUAUUCCUCUCUCUCUCUCUCUCUCUCUCUCUCUCUAUACAUCACUGUGAUCUCACUACGUUCUCUCUUUCCCAUAGCUUCACCCUCUCCACCUAAAGAUUGCAGAAAAAAGGCAUUCAUUAAUAUCCGUGUGCUGCAUUGCUUGGGCAUUUACACACCACAUGCAUAUAGACACACAUAUAAACAUACUGUCUAUCUUUCACUCGUAUCCUUGUACACACCACACACACAUGUACACACACACACACACACACACACACACAAAACAGCGGUAACAGACAUAUUAACAGACAAUAAUUGCCAGACUUGCCUUGUCCCCCAGUCCAGAAUUGGGGGAACUUGAUUCCAUUCUGUCAUGAAUGAAUGAGCAAAAGAACGAGUGAAUUUUGAAUCUUUGAAACUUAUAGGGGAUGUUUCAUUUGUUCAUAGAUGAAUGGUGUGUUUUUUAUACCUGUGUAUGGUCCUGUACAUAGGCUGCAUAUAAAGUGUCAAUAAGUAA